AGCAGUGGCUGCCGCUGCGCCGCGCGGGCCGGGCCGAGGGCGCCUGCAGCUGCUCGCGCGCAGCCGGGGGCUGAGGACCGGGACCCUCGGGCCGAGACUUGACACUUCUGCGCCGGGCCGCCUGCCACUUAGCGUGGGGCUCCCUCUACCCGCCCCAGAGCCACGCGAUUAAAAAAAAAAAAAAAAGCAGCCCUUAGCCCCCUCCUCCCCUUUCCUGCUUCUGCGAGAACUCCCUCCCUCCCUCCAGCUCCGCCAGCCCCGGCGCCCCUGCCCUGGAAGCCGAGCGGCUCCGCUCGCAUUUCGCCGCCGCCUCCGCCUCUCGCAGUGUUGCAAUAUAGGGGAGAAGCAGACCAUGGUGAAUCCGGGCAGCAGCUCGCAGCCGCCCCCGGUAACGGCCGGCUCCCUCUCCUGGAAGCGCUGCGCAGGCUGCGGAGGCAAGAUUGCGGACCGCUUUCUGCUCUAUGCCAUGGACAGCUACUGGCACAGCCGCUGCCUCAAGUGCUCCUGCUGCCAGGCGCAGCUGGGCGACAUCGGCACGUCCUGUUACACCAAGAGCGGCAUGAUCCUCUGCAGAAAUGACUACAUUAGGUUAUUUGGGAAUAGCGGUGCUUGCAGCGCCUGUGGACAGUCGAUUCCUGCAAGCGAACUCGUCAUGAGGGCUCAAGGCAACGUGUAUCAUCUCAAGUGCUUUACCUGCGCUACCUGCCGGAAUCGCCUGGUCCCGGGAGAUCGGUUUCACUACAUCAAUGGCAGUUUAUUUUGUGAACAUGAUAGACCUACAGCCCUCAUCAAUGGUCAUUUGAAUUCACUUCAGAGCAAUCCACUACUGCCAGACCAGAAGGUCUGCUGAGAGGUCAGAGUAAUGCAGAAUGCGUGCCUUCAUCUCAGAUUUGCUCCCAGGUGGACCCCAUGUGUCUGCAGUAGGCCCGUCACCUUUGUAGCCAGCACCAUGCCAUCGCGCCCCCCCUUUAGUCUUGAGUACCCUUCCUGCAUUUAUUGGUGUAUUAAAAUGACUGAAUAUGAACAUUAAGGACUCCAUGAACCUGGGCCUAAUGGGGGAACGGUAGCGAGAAUGGAAACAGAUCCACCGAAGGACAUCUAGGGGGGAGGGUGCUUGGGGGGAGGGAAAUGACUAAUGAAGCUAAUUAAAAGAAGCAUCACGAAUCUGCUUUCUACCCUCAUUAACAAUUAGCAGGGCACCGGCCAGAGCGUGCGCCCUGUUUUCCUUUAACAACGUUCUGUUUGCUCUUUGUAUAUUUAAGUGUUGUAAUGAAAUGUGUUUCAAUCAACCUUGGACAUGAGUUAAAAGGAAAAGAGAUGUGGCUUUUGUGAUAAUUCUAUCACAAACACUUUUAUUGUAUCUCUGUAAAAUACAAUGUAUGUAUGCAUGUGAGUGUUCUUGUCCUGAUGUUGCUCCGCCCAUGACAAAGGUUAAAAAAAAGAAAAGAAGAAAAAAAAGAGGCUUAUAGCCGCUACUAUGUAGAAAUCCCCCCUACUUCUAAUUUGCUGAAUGAAGAAAAAAAAAUCUUUUAUUUGUGAUAUUUUCAGAGACAUUUGCUCUAGUAUGGUGUAUUUAAAUAAUAAAAACUUAAAAGAAAAAAUAUUCAACAGAGUUUGGGUUUAAACACUACUUCUUCUCUUGUGUAUUUUGAAACGAUUUGUGGUAUUCUUGUUGUUGUCUACAGCAAACAUUUACAUUUGGACUGAGGAAUGGGCUUUAUACGUGUAUUUAGCUCUUAUUUAGCUCCAGGCUAAUGAAGGAGUCAUCUGAUUAUUUAAUUAUGCCAUUGUAAGCUAGGAAUAGCGUGUAGUCUUUGGUACUGCUCAUGAGUACUUGUUGAAUGAUUCGGUAGGAAAGCCUUGGGGUUUGGACACAGGCACAUUGAAAACCACAGCACAACCUCAUAUCCGGCUUGGAGCCUUUGAAGGCUAUAGCAUUUCUAGAACUCCUUGUGAGGAUCUGAGUCCCUGGUAGUUUAGUGGCUCCAGAAUUCUGGCCACAGUGGUCUUGGGUGGGCAAGUGGUCUUGCCUGGUGAGCUGGGAUUCUUGACCUGCUGUAGCCUUGUUCCUUUGGAUCUCCUUCACUGACUUGUCUCUUUCCUUGUGUUUAUCAGGGAAGGAUUCAGAUCUUCAGUCAUGAGGUAGUUGCUGGCUCCUAGUUGCUAACCUUAGAGUCUCCACCAUGGCACCAGCAGUGGCCACAGAGCCUCUCUCUCAGUAGCUGCCCUGCUCCUGCUGGACCCAGUAGUAGAUACUCCCUGGCUGGUUACAUGAGGGUAACCUCAGUUCUGCCCACACAGACUGCUGACUCCGAGGGCAUUCAGGCUGCUGCUGCUGCUGCUGCCACUGCCGCUGCUGCUUUCUAAAAAUGGCGUUUUAUUUUAUUUUGUUACAAAGCUCCCAAUGAAGACCCUGUCUGAGAACCGCCACGGAUAUCAACCGAGCAUGCGCUGCUCACUUUUGCUUCUCAAGCUCCCAAGCCAGGAAGAAAGGUUAGCAGUUGAAAGUGCAGCCCUCUAGGAGGGCGGAGGCAGAAUAUUAAAGGGAACCAUUUUGCCUGCGCUUUAUACAAAGAAAAUACAAGGAGAAUAAGACAAGAUAAAGAAAUGCACAUACACACAACAUCUGAGAUGGGUCCCUGGAGAAUUUCUCUAGACCUGUUCUGAUGUUAACCGCCGCCUCCUUUCACGCCAUGAAAGAAUUUGGUCUGUUGUGGGAAAAGCAGGGUGGUGGUGUUCAGAGGAGUGCAGAUAUCUAUGUUUUUAGCAAAAGCACUCAUGUAGCAGGCAGUGUAGACAUUCAAAGGCCGUGGCUAAUAACUUUCAGUAAUACAGUAAGGCAUUCAGUGAUGGGGAGGUCAAAGGUCAUCGCCGCCUUUUAAAUGAACUAUUAUAUGGCUGGCUCCUCAAGCACUGUGGCAUAGUUCCUAACGAGCUUCUAAAAGCAUUUCUUAAGUUGCAGACCUAUAAGAUUACAAAUGUCACUCAUGUUAGUAUAAUCCACAUGCAAGUGAUGAAGACUUCUCUUUGAUGUGCUAAACUGGAGAACGACUAAUGGAGCUAUGAAUCUACAAUAGAACAUAUUUAAGUUGUAGUCUUGCUUUAGGUAAAACACUUCCUUGAAACUAGAGGCCUUUCAAACAAUAAAACCCCGCUUUGAUGGGGGUGCUUGAUGUGGAUGGACAGCCACUAAACACACUCAGGUUUGUUCUGACGAGAGCAGCGAUUGUGUGGGCUUCCUCCCCAACCCCGACGAAUGUUCCUUUGGAGGGAAAAGAAAUCCUGUGCUUACCCACCUUUAAUCCGUUGCAUUUGUGAUGUAGGUGUGUGUGCGUUCUUCUGAAAGGACUUCAUAUGAACCACGUCACACAGCAAGACAGGCCUCGGGCCGUUCAAGUAAGCACAAUUAAAAUAAAAGGGAGCAUUAAUGAGCCUCACUGAACUCCUGAUAAAAAAUUAUGUUUAUGAUACACAGAAAUGUCUCAGUCAUGCAAAUUGUCACUCUUACUAAUGAAACAAUUUUGUGAGAGAUUGUCCUCUAAGGGGGCUUAAUGUUGGGUUUUGUUUGGUGUUUUUUGUUUUGGUUUUGUUUUGUUUUUGUUUUUACCUAUCUGCCUGCUCCUGCAAAACCUGGGAACCCGAAGACAUUCCAAACCAAAUCAUUCCCCACAAGAAACUGUUUCCAGCUCUUCCUGAUUUAUUAGGAAGAGUUUAAUGGGGACUGUUGUAUCUUAUAAACCACAAAGCGGGGGAGACUGUCACAUGGAAAUGAGGCCUGUGAAAUUGCCAGCCUCUUAAUAUUAACUAUAUUUAAAUUCUUUCUGUUGCCCUUAUUCACACUGAUAUUUGAAACAACUAAUCAUCUAAAAUGAAGCUCUUAAAUUAAAUGCUUUUAAAUGUCAAUAUAGUAAGAUUCUAAUGCACAGUACUGGUUACAUAAAAUAUUUCUUAGGGUCAAUAAAUUAUGGAACAAACAGUGAAUCCAAGAGCUAUCUAUCAAGGGCAGAGUGAAGACUCUAUAUAGCUUAAAUAAUUGCCCUGAAUUAAGAAAUGGUUGCCCAAAGAGACUUUCCUGGGGGUGGGGGCUUGGUCCCAUCCGGGCUGCUCACUGUCUUCCCCACUCUUUAGGAGGCUCUUGCAAACACAGAUCAUUUACAAGUUAAUGUUCAUCUUGGUUUUGUUACUGAGACUCACCUAUUGUCAGUCCAGCCAAGUCACAGGAAUGCUUGCUGCAGUUAAAAAGCAAUUUGUUUCCACGAAACUGCAAUUAAAGUAUUACCAAGCAGCCAUUUUAGAUUGGCAGUGCUCUGAAGACUUGUUAAACAGCCAGCAACUCCCACUUGCAGAGGCUGGGAUCAGACAAGUGGAGAAGUGUAACGCCUUCACCUAUGAUGCUGGCCCCCUUGUUAGCUGAUGGUGUUCAUUCUGCUCCUGCUUCCAUGGAUGUAUGCAGAGAGCAAUGAGUCGGGGCCAAUUUUUGGAGGGUGAGUUUGUAACUCACCUCAAGUGAAUCCGAUUCUCAGCUGUACCAGGGCAUGCUUCUGCAAGUAGAUGUGUACAUGUGCGCAUGCAUCCGGGAGGGAACGGCUUCACGUUCAGAUUGAUUCUGCUGAGAAUGGACUGCAACUCAGAGGUCUCAAGCCAAUAAUGUACUACAGGUCCUGACAUGUUACAGCUGUGUAAACAGGACCGUUCGCUCUCCUAAACUACAAUAAUAAAGCACAGGAUGAAAAUCAA